CAAAGAACUUACACACAACCUACAACAUUUGCAGAUUCCCAGCUGCAAAAGCUUCUCCUUACGCCUGGCUGAUGUCCCCACAAUGAUGACUGCUCACCACCUAAAAUGUAAUAUUUACUAAACAGAGAAUAGUGAGACCCUCAUCUACUGUUAGAAAUCUGCUCGCCAACAUCCUGUUGAGGUUUACCUGGUCUUCUGCCUGACCAUACUACAAUUUGCCAACUGCCAAUUUGCAGAAAUGCGACGUCUUCAACUGCGACGGAGACCACAUGAGGACCACAAGAACUGUGAUUGGUCAGCUUAUAUUUUCUCCAACAAGUUUCUGAUGCCGCUGGAGUUUGUUAUAAGUGAAGACAACAUUAAGGAGGCUGAAGACUCUCAGUAGUCAGUUCUCCUUUUCAAUACCUCACAUCUAGCAAAGCUAUUACACAUUAAACCUUCUGUUUACUGCAAUCAUGUAAACACAAUGAUGUCAGUAGUCUUGUAUUCAUUAAUGAGACAUGGUGAAAUAAUGUUACAAGUUACCUGCAUCAUGCAGGUUACAUGUAACUCCAGUUCUGUAAGUGUAGCACACAUACGCGGAGCAACUGUGGGGGCAGAGGGGGUGGCCGCCCCAGGGCCCACACUCAGCAGGGGCCCGCUGGGGAUGCAGUGCUCGACCCCGCGGGUGCAGCAGGGAUAGGAGAACUUAACUCUCUCAGCUUCUUCUAUUCAUUCUCUAUGGUAGUUCUUAUCACUAUGGGUGUAAUCCCCCCUCCCACCACAAUGUGGGUUGCAAUGGCAGAGAGGUGCUGUCCGUAUUUCUGCUCGUUAACUCUGCGGGAAGUGAAGACUGCAGAAGCAGCGGUUCAAAGUUCUUGACUAACUUUGCUGAAAACUUUAUCCAGAAUAUGAGAUAUUCGCGUCUUUUUAUGUUUAUGGUGAAUGAAACUUGCCAGACAAAGUUUCAGCCUUCUGAGGUACAUUUAGAGCUGUUUGCGUUCAUGUUUGAAUGAAGCCAAACUAUCCAACCUCACUUUGCUGUGUGUUGAGCGGGACAUAAACACUACUAAGGACUAAGUGGUUUGCAGGUUUGCCACCAUGAAGGAGAGGAGGAUGUAGUUUUUAAAAGGGACUGUGAAAUGUACAAAGUUUGUUAAACUUUUCGGAUUAUUUUGUUCCAUGGAGGAUGGAGAAAUACACAAAUGGACUAACGUUACACUAAACUUCAGCAGUCUAAGCAGGGGCAACAACUGGUGAGUAAAGCAUCCGUAAUUAGUCUUUAUUAACUUAAAAGUUGGUAAUGAAGAAAUCAGUCAUAAUGUUAGAUUAAUGUGUCGUUUAACUCCAUGUUUACCGCAUCUCAGCACCUGUCUGUGUCACUGCCUGUGGUGUUGUAGACUGUCCACUUUAUAUUUGAAUAGGCCUUGUAUUGUUGUAGACCGCUGUGUCUAUUUUAUGUUUAUGUUAUUCCCGUGUUAGAAAGACAUAGUAUGGAGACAGAACACCUGGUUUGUCUCUAUCUAUUGGUGGUGGUGCUGAACUGUUCGUCAGUCGGUAUAUGUAGAGCACCACAUGCUGUCCUCAGUGCUGAAACAUUCGAACGCGGUUGGCAACCUGUUUUCUUUUUUGAUCUUCAGAACAAGCUUGUCUCAAAGUGGCUUCACUGUAUGUUUCCUGAGACUUAGGCUUGCAUGGCUCAAUAACAAUCAGCUAUUUUACAGUUGCGCAUUUUAAAAUGAUGUUUUAGAAAGGCCCUUGAGAAUGCUUCGCCCCCUCUGUGCUGAGUCUAGCUCCGCCCCUGGUAGCACACCAUCACUAUAUGUCACAAAAUAAAUAAAAAAAUGUAAACACAGUUACUGUGAGGAAUAUAAGUAAAGCAUGAUAUGCCCUGAUUAUGUGAAAUACAUGCAUCCAGCAUUGCGGUGGUGCUAUCAACGAUUGAAAUUCAACCCUUUUCAUCGACUGUCAGUCCAGCUUAAAUCUUGUCUUAAAAUUUGCCAGUCUAGUUUGAGAUGUAGGAGAGGGACCCUGAAUGACUGCCAGGAUCCAGGACUGCCACAGCCAACUAUUUAUAGGGGAGCUAAGGGAGUCCACAGACCCAUUAAUGAGGAACGCAUAUGUCUCUGUCCAAACAGGCCGGAAGUGGCAGGCAAGCAUCGAGGUUGACAAGACCAUUAGCAGUCUGCAACAUCAAGAGAUUGUCAGCAGAGGGCUUGGCUGGGGAGAAGCCCCCAAAGCCACGAAAAAAGAAAGGAAAGCAGUGGUUGUGGAAGAGGUGACAAGGGCAGAGCAGGAGCUCUACAAAAUCAAGGCGGUCGCACAGGGUCGACAGGGAUGCUGGACCACAUGGGCGGGCACUCUAAAUAGAUCGGUCAGCUGGGCGGAACUGUGGAAGAUCCCACAAGCCAGACUCAGUUUCCUGCUUAGGGCAACUCACGAUACUCUGCCAUACCCCAGAAACCUCCAUCAGUGGUUUGGCAAGGAGGAGAGCUACCCCCUUUGCAACACCCCUAAUGCAAGCCUACAACAUAUAGAUGGCAGCACAACCGGAUCCUUAGGAAGCUGGCUGACGUUCUGCAGGCAAGCCGCAAACAACAACCAGCCCACAACCAAGACACACCCCAUCCAGUUCGUCAGGCCUGGAGAGAGCAUGGGAGACACCAGCUCACAGAGCCCUCCUAGAUGCCUGUCACCAGGAAAAGAUCGGCAGAUAAUGGUCAACAUCGGUAAGCAGCUGCACUUAUCCCCUGAGAUCACCACCACACCACUCUGGCCGGACAUAGUACUUUGGUCUACCGCUGCCAAGAAUGCUCUACUCAUCGAGCUCACCAUCCCGUGGGAAGAGGGAAUGCAGGCCGCCAACGAGCGCAAGAGGGCAAAAUAUUCAGAUCUGGCUGUUGAGUGCAGGGAGGCAGGCUGGACUACCAUCAUCUACCCCUAAAGUAUGCUGUUGGGGCUUCGUAAGCGCAUCAACACUACAGCUGCUUCGGGAUGUAGGCGUAUCAGGGGCAAAGCUCCGAAAAGCCACAAAAGCAGCUUUUGGCUAUGGCUGAGGUGGAACUGGGGGUCCACACAACAAGAAAGGGCAGCUGCAGGAGUUGGCAAGGAGACGUCCCUGCCAUCGCUCCGCCACUAUGUUUCUGAGCUGAAAGAGCGAAACAUCGACAAAUGGUGGUCUCCGGCUGAUGACCCUGUAGCUGACCCAUGCCGCUGUGUGGAGGCACAACAGGCAGAAAUGUCUAGUAGGUGAAAACAUCCACCUGUGCAAUCUAAUAAUAUUGCAGACCAGAUCAAUUAGUUGCAGUACCACAGUGCCACAAUUAAUGAUUCGCUCACUGAGGCAAAAUUUGCUCGAUUCAAGUUCAACUUAAAGCAUCUAGCACCCUACAAAAGAGGUGUAGCUUUGUUUAAAGUCAGAAGUGAGACGAGUGAAUGGUAAAAAAUACAAUUCCUUAAAUGAAUGAAUGAACUGUUAACUUACUGCUCAGUUAGUGACAGAGAGCACAAAAUAUCACCAGGCUUUUUAACUCCACUUACUGUAUUUCAUUGAUGCACUUAUUAUUUUGCUGUCACUUUCUGAUGUGAAAGGGCAAUGAUGGCCUUCAUGCAAUUCUCAAAUUUGUAUUGUUAGCUUAUGACUUUAUAACACAGAUGUACCAACUAUGCAUCUGUAGACCACAUCCUUGUUAUGUCCUGCAAAACACUUAAGUUGAUAUUCACAUUAAUCAGGUCACCUGGCCUCUGGAUAAAUGCACAUCAUAUGUACAGUCCUUCUCUUACCUGCACUUUUUGUUGCAAUUUUCUGUAUCAAACAUGUCCUUUUAGUUUAUUUUUCAUAGCUCUCCUUUGGAUGCAUUCUUUCUUGAGCUUGCAGGCAUAGACUUUCUGCCUACAACCUCCACCACAUGCAUUAUGUGUAGUAAAAAAGAAACAGAAAGGAAAAAAAAAACGUGAUCAAAGAAAUCCAAAGUGCUCAUAGAAUUCCCAGCAGAGUAAUUUCAGGAUAUAAACCACAGGUCCUCUGUUUGUAGGAUGACACUAAAGACAUAGAUUUACUGCUCUGUCCUGUGUUGACAUGAACUCACUCACUGAUGUCAUCCGCUUAUCUGGCACACUGGCCCAGACACAAAACCACACCUGCAUUAAGAGAAGCCAAAGAUGUCUGCGUGCUGAAAGGGAACUGAGCUGCUGUGACAGCUAGCCAUAAUGAAGACGUCCACAUCCGUUUUGGAUGAACUCGAGUCUCUCUGACUGACGCCUUUGGCAGCCAGCCAGACAGUGCCUGUGGGUCAAGGCACUGCAGGCGUGUCGAGUGAAGGACACAAAAGAGAUGAAUAUCCUGCCAGACGUGUAUGCACUUGAUAAGCUGUUUGAACUGGCCUACUCUGUAAAAUAAACUAUGCAGCUAUUCACCAGUGUCUCUCAGAGGAUUUUAUGGUUUUUAAUAUGGUGAUUAAAAGUUUUUUGUUUUUUUCAUAACUGAGAAGUUAACGUUCUGCUUAAGAAGCACAAUUUAUUUAACGAUUGAUUUAGUUUUAUGCUGUAGCAAGAAAGUACAAGUUAUUGGUGCUCUGAUGAUCUUCCAGUAAUAGAUUUUCUGUCACCAAAAGUGGUUGAUUUUGUACUUGUAAUUGUUUCUGGAAAAAGCAUUUUACAUUGAGCCUGCAUGAGUGCAAGAACUAGGCUAGAUGUUGUAUUCUGGCCUUAUUUAAUUCACUGCGUGUUACAAAUGAAGAACAUGUCCAGUGCAUGCAGUGUGAGCUGUAUAUGAGGCCCAGCUUGAUCUUAAUUUGUUUGUGGAAAUGUAAUGGAGCUUUGGAGUUCAGGCAGAGCACUGAAAUCACUCUCACAUUAGCUGUUUGGCAUCAGCUCUGUCAUUCGGCUACUAGCUAGCCGGUAACAUCCAGUCACAUUAAUACAAAUGUACAAGGUGGCCUUUAUAACAUGUCAUUCCUCACUAUUACUCUGCUGAUUCUUAAUGAUGCUGAUGGUUAUAAAUGGGCUUUAUUAUCUUCUUUCAGUGCUGUGGUUACCCUCACAUCUUAAAAUGCCCACAUUAUUUUGAGCAGCGAGGUUACUGCAAUCAAUCAACCAGAACCAAAACAAUGAAACAGUGACAAAACCCAAACAUAACUACAGAUACCUUUCUCCAAUGCAUCAUAAAUUUAACUGUGCCAAUCAGUAAACAUGAGACAGGAUAAUGAACAUCUGCAAUCCAGAUGUUCAGAACAUUGCCUUGUUCUCUAUUAUCAGUGCAGUAAAAUAAAUACCAUAUGCUACAAUGCAUUACUUUACCUCUGUGCUUGUGGCGUACACAGGAUACAAACAAUAGCAGGGUCUGCUCACCACAGGAGAAAUGCAGUGUUGUUACAAUCUGUCCUAUAAGUCUUAUUGUAUAUUUAUCACUGACUUUUCUGCCCACUUGAACAAGAAUCAAUCAAAUUGCAGCAUGGCUUAAUGAGGAGGAAGAGAUGGAAGACACUGAUCAUUGAUCACUGCAAGUCAGGUGUCUCCGAGCUCCUCAUGUAAACAUGAAUCUCUCCUUAUCUUUGAUGAAAACCAAAACCAUGAAACCCUCCACAGGUCAUAAAGGCAGCCCUGAUUUACCAUUAUGAAAUGUGACAAAAACCACGCCCAUGUGAGAUGUGGGAGUGGACAUCACCCUUCCUGCCAAGCUGCCAGCUAUUUGGAUUCAAUAACUGAAGUGAUCCCAUUGGUGUGUUGCUUGGUGUUCUCCCCUAUAAAGACAGCCCAGGACAACAGGCCGGGGUGGGGGUGAUCAGAAAACCUUAUCAACAUGAAGCAGAGAGGGAGCUGUUCUGGAUCAGGAGCACCGCAUGUGCACAGGAGAGUAAGCCUGGCGUGGCAUGUUUUUAAGCAACAUGACUUUUAAUGUAAGGAUGGACUAAAAGAUGGAGGAAUUAAUCUAUGGAUGAGUGGAUUGGGACAGUGCAAAAGACUAAUCAUCUCUGAGGAGCCAAGGUUAUAGGAAGAGGUCUAAGGAUGGAAACCCAACUGCUUCAAGUCAGGAGAUGGCCAACCUGGCAGCAGGAACCAACAGCUGGAGGGAAAAGAGGCCAGGAUCUGAAGUCCCAGACAUUAGAGUGGGAACACUUCCCCCAUUAGCCAAGGCUCGUCUAGCCGGAUGGAAAUUUUCUGGAAAUAAGGACAGUGACUAGACAAAAAUGCACUUUUGUCUGUUCCUAAUGACUAAUCAGCCUCUGUGUCUAAAGCCCAUAAAAGCCAGAGUGGAGUGUCUCUGGACCCUUGAGCACAGGCCUGAUCUUCAAUCCUCCUUCCCUGUUUAUAUCUGCGUCCUCAGGAAGAAUAAAUUGUCAUUCAGACCUGC